AUGCUUCAACUCCACAGUAUGAGAUUUGACUCUUUGAAGGACCUCGAGGCCUGGUCAGCUGCUGAGCCGGAUCCUGUGGACGUGUUCCGUGUAGCGAGGGUGAGCCUGGCGUCCAGAGUGGUGCCCAGCAACCAUCGGAGCGUUAUGGUUGUUCAUGAUUUCCAGAAUGGCUAUAACAAGGGCGAAGAUGACUGUCCCUGGGGUUAUUAUCCGCAUCACAACGGUGUUCAUUACAAGCUGCAGUUCCCAGGGCUGGUUGACACCUUUGUAUACUUCUCUCAUCAUAGAGUCACUGUACCGCCAGUUUCGUGGAUUAACUCCCUUCAUGGACUGGGCGUCCCAGUAUUGGGCACACUCAUCUUCGAAGAUGACGAACUUGACGAGUUACUCGUUAAGCGAGAUGGUGACUUUGUCUAUUCUCGCUUAUUGGUGAAGCUUGCGGCUCACUACGGGUUUGAUGGGUGGUUGAUAAAUGUUGAGACUACACUUCGAAACAAGUCGCCGUCGGAACUUGCCUUGUUCAUAAGUGACCUCCGUACAAGACUACACAUUGCGAUACCGCAUUCCAAGGUUGUUUGGUAUGAUUCUUUUGUCUCUACAAAUAGGAUAUCGUACCAGAAUGGCGUGAAUGAGAGAAACUACGAUCAUUUUGAGAAUACUGACCUGUUUCUGACCAACUACUGGUGGAAGGAGGAAACGUUGAGGGCGAACGUCAAGAAUAUUGGCUCGCUUGGCCUCAAGAGGCUGCUUGUGGGUGUUGACGUUUGGGGGAGAGGGUCGUGUAUAGGGAAGGGAGGACUUGAUAUUGGGACAUCUUUGGAACUUUUGAGGGUUUAUUCCUCUAAUGUUGGGAUAUUUGCCCCAGCAUGGACAUAUGAGAAAAACUUUGAUGAUUAUGAAGAGUGUGAUAAGCAGUUUUGGGUAGGCGAUCCGACCAAAGACUAUCCAAAUGGAGGUGUAUCGACCUAUAUUAGUGAGAUAUCAGCUCCCAUAUUUAGUUACAACAAUGCUAUUGGGUUCUUUACAGUGUUUGGACAGGGAGAAGGACAUUUUUUCAACGUCUGUGGUGAAAAGGUCUAUAACACACACUGGGUGAACAACUCACUCCAAACAGCGAUGCCUCUGAAUUACCAGAAGUAUAGCAUCAACAGAACAGAGGCAUUCUUUGGUGGCUCCUGUCUUCAGAUAGACUAUUCUAUGGACGAUACGUUCAUAGAUCUCUUCAAAAUUAAAGCUGACGCUUCAUCUGGGAUAGCUGUCUCGCUGGCUUACAAGCAGCUGGAAUUCACACAAGACCAAAUAACUCAGCUGGAGAUAUCGUAUUAUGUGGAGAGAAGGUACAAAUCAGUCACCAAGGUGAAGAGUGGAGUUUUCAAACUCCCAUUGAAGAACACAACCAUCUGGAACCAGCUCACUACAAAGUUCAAUUUCCCAAGGUUGGGAGUACAUGAGCACUUGGUUAUCGACACUGUGAGUGUGAGGUUACUCCACUACAGUUCAAAUCUUUUCAAAUCGUGGAUUAUCUUACCCAUGAAUCACCACAAGCUACUGCUGGGGUACCUUGUUGUAACUUCUGCUGAUCACGACGACACAAUGCCAGUCACACGGAUCUCCAAAAAGAAGUUGGAUAAAGGACAAGUACUUGUUCAAUGGAAGGAUUAUGAAAACUCGUACUGCUGGCUUGUAUAUGUCAACUCAUCUUUCUGUGGGGCCUACUCAAACACCCAUUUCAUCGCUAGCCCCACAGACAGAAUAAGGGUUGACACAAUUACUCGCUUCGGGGUCGUGCUAAAAGGUACUGAUCUAUUCAUCUAG